GAGAGAGAGGGAGAGAGUGAGUGUGGUGUAACCAUACGUGACAUGUUGAACCAGAACACUCUCAUCCUGUCUGUCUCGAACCACGUGGCCUUGUUGAGGUGUGUUGUCAUCAAUAAACAGGCAAUGCCACAGCUCUUCUGUUGCACUAAAAAGCCUUCUCAUUUCCCCUUCAAAUCUCUCAACCACAUUGGCUUCCUUCAAGGGUUUCUUGCAGUUGUUGCUGCUGGGAUCAAUCACAAAGCUCUAAGCACAUAAAAAGAUAACAACUUUGAUGGGGGAAGUGAACCAAGACAUCAAGCCUGUUACCUCAGAAACCGCUGAUGAGUAUUCAAAGAACCUUUUGAAUAGCUUUUCAGUGAAACCUGAAAAAACCCAACUCUCAAUGAACCAAGAAAGCCUCAAACAUUCAAACCUCAAUCUUGGACUUUCUUUGGGUGGGAUUUAUGAUGAGGACUUGGAAGAAAAGCCUCUUGCCCGAUCAUCCUCAGUCGCUGGAUUGAUAAAAAAAGAAUCCGUUGAACUGAGUGUCGUGCCCUCCUUGGAGAGGUCACGAUCAAUGCCAGUAAUGGGAGAGCAGCAGGACCAUGGAAAGGCAAUAAACGUAGUAGAGGGAAUGGAGAUCGAUGCCAAGAAUGGGUUGGAGAAGCAGAGGAGCCCCAGCAACAAUGUUGGGAAAAAAAGAGCUCUCAAGCAAACUGUGGAGGUGGUGAUGCCGUCAUCACCAUCAAAAACCGCGGCAUGGGCAGUAACCUCUGCCGUGAAGAAUCCUGCAUUACAUCGCGCUUUGGCUAUAAUCAAGGCAGGAGAAGCAUGCAUGGCCCAAAAAAGGCUAACCCCGGGUAGUCAGAAGAGGGAGCUGUUGCAAACCGUGUCCGCUAUUGAAGCAUUUGUGCAUUGUUGGCUUGCCUUGACUUGGCUGGAAGCUCGACGUGCAGCAGAGAAUACUAGGAAGUCUCCAGAAAUUCCUGCUGUUAAAGGUAUCGGCAGUUCUAAGACAUCCUCUGCUGCUAAGGAAGGUAGCAAUUCCCAGGAAUUGCCUAAGCAAGAGGACGUGAAACCAAAAGUCACUUCCGAUGAUGGAAAAUUUGUCAAGCCUGCUGACCGUAAGCCCGAAAAUGGAUCAGAAAGGGCGAGACUUUCUAAUGGCAUUGCUGAAGAUGAAGCGAUGGAAAUGAUGAGAAAGAUGCCUACUGUGACCACUACUGGAGAUGGCCCUAAUGGAAGGAGAAUUGAAGGGUUUCUCUACAAUUACUUGAAAGGUGAAGUCACUAUAGUGUGUAUCUGCCAUGGCCGCUUCCUCUCGCCAGAGGAAUUCAUCAGGCAUGCUGGGGGCGUGGACGUCUCGAACCCAACUAGGCGCAUCAAAAUAUGCCCUUCCAAUUUUUAGGGCAAAAACUAAGACAAUGGUGGUGGCUUUAGUCACCCCCUCUCAAGUGGUAAAGUUUUUCCUUUUUCUGUUGUUGGGCAGAAAGAAACUCAAGCGAAGCUACUUAGUUCUUUCCUUUGUUUAAUUUUCGUUUGGAAAACUCUUGAAAGUACUACUAUCUUUGUUUGGUUGCAAGGAAACUCUUGAAAGUA